AUGAGCGGAAUAGAACCAUUUCAGUUCGAACAAGUAUAUCAGCCUGGAGAAGAACCACCUCAGGAAGAGAGUGUAGAACAGAAGGUAGAAGCCCACGAAGAAGACAAUACUUCGAGGAUGGGAAACACCGAACGCCCAGGAUACCAGGGAACAAACCGCUUUCUGCGUUAUGCAUUCUGUUUCCAUAUGUCUUCGUCUAUUGUUGCUCUGCUUCCUGAUACCCAGCGCUGUCAGAUCACAAGCGCUCAAUUUAUCAAUUAUUUCCAUUUCAAAGACUUUUGCGUCGCAGAUCAGUGUCGUAUUUUGGAAUUCAGCCCUGAAAAAGCAUUUGAAGAGAAACGUCUUAUUCAACACACGAUUCGCAUCGUGGAAGUAGCGGAUCCCAGGUUCUGUGAGAACUUGUGUUAUAUGGAACCCGACUGUGUCAGCAUUAAUCUUGAUAAACGAGAGGAUAGACAUGGAAACUACAAAUGUGAACUGAAUAAUGUCACUCACGAAGGACACGAACAUCAGUUGGAGGAUCGUGAAGGUUUUUUCUACCAUGCUGCUGAGAGCAACUGUGUCAAAAGCCCUUGCAAGAAUAACGCAAGAUGUCAAAGUGGAUUUACCGACAAAGGUUAUCGCUGUAUUUGUCGACCUGGAUUCAAUGGUCAAAGAUGCAGUGAAGGAAUUACUUCGUGUAAAGAGUUCUAUGAUAAGGGCAAGAAGGCCAAUAUGAGCAUUGUGGUUACUCUCCUUAUUGAUUCCCAACCAGUCCCCGUUCUUUGUCACCUAGGAAAUUUUGGAUGUGGAGAUGGAGGAUGGACGCCGGUUAUGAAGAUUGACGGCAGAAAUACAACCUUUCAUUACAACAAACCUUACUGGAGUAAUUACGGGGAAUUUAACCCCACUGGGGGACAAACUGGUUUUGACGAACAGGAAACAAAGCUACCUACAUACUGGAAUACAUCCUUCUCCCAGAUCUGUCUCGGUAUGAAGAUCGAUCGACAGCUCAGGUUCAUAGUCAUCAAGAAGCAGGCUGACUCUCUGUUCUCACUGAUCGCUGACGGGAAAUAUCGCAAUACAUCACUGGGCCACGACACGUGGAAGUCACUGAUUGGCUCUGAUGCCUCUUUGGAACGGAACUGUACCAAGGAAGGUUUCAAUGCUAAUUGCGGUGGGACAAUAAGCUCAAAGGCCAGAAUUGGCAUUGUUAGCAACAUCAAAAACAACUGUUCCACUUGCAAUUCAAGGGUUGGAUUUGGCACUGGAGGGUGGCCUUUUUACUCGAUUUCGUGCGGUAACACAGCAAGUUCCGCCUCAGGAAAUGGAAAAUUGAGCAUUACCGCCAUUGGAUACAUCUUAGUGCAUUAAAACAAUAACAACACAACAAACGAAUCAGUUUACUCGUCAAGAUGCACCAUAAUUUUCAGCUCGAGCUCAGCU